AUGCAAUCAACGGACGAGAUCAGAUCCAUGAAAUCCAACGACUGGUACGACCGCCAAGGCGACGUUUCCCCACAGGCCACCAACGUGGGCGUGCAGUGGGACAUGUCGCUCGCACAGCACAGCCUCCCAGACGGCUUCUGCCACGUGGCAUCCAGCAACGCGCGCCGCUACACCGUCAGCAGGAAGGCGGACGGGAUCUGGGCAGCUCUGGAGGUGUCAGAUGGGGCGGGCGGCAUCAAGCUGCCAUUCUUAGUCGAGUUCUUCUUCUCCCACACCCCCACGUCUCGUCUUGGCACCAUGGUUGGAUUCGAGUCCGACGGAGCAUUCCGGGUAUCAGUGGUGGUGGAGGAGUCACUAGAUACCAAUGAACGCCGCCCUGCGGACUGGGUCUGGCCCACGUGGGGCCCGAGCGGCGUCCCGUCCCAUCUACCCGACCACCUGCCGCCCGUUCCGGCACUAGAUGACAAGACAAUGACAGGAACCCGCACCAUUCUGACUCGCAACCUGAUGGUUCAGGAGCGGGAGAACGUGUCCUGGGCAGAGGAAUGGAGCCCUAACAGCGCUGCCGCUGCUGCUGCCAUUGCAGCAGCAGCAGCAGCAGCAGGAGGAAAUAAUGGUGAAGCAGCCUCAGCUGGAGGAGCUGCACCAGAAGCAACAGCAGCAGCGGCAGCGGCUGGGUUCAUGGGGCGAGUGCCAGAGGGCGAUGAGGAGCGGUAUGCGGUGUUUGCUCUGCCCCACGGGGUGGUGGUGUGCGCCCCGCGCUCGCUACAGCUGGUGGCAGGGAGGCCGUUUGUGCUGUCGGUGUCGUGGGUGGUGGGGGAGGUGGGCGAGGGGGGUGUGGGUGCAGGGGAGGUGAAGCGGAUCACUGCCUCUUGGGGGGCUGAUGGAGGCUUUGAGAAAGUGGAAGGCGAGUGGUACAGGAGACAGGCGUAA